UGCACGAUACGAUCCAAUAAUAUGGAUACAAAAUUUUGAGUUCUAUUUCUUGAGUUGAAAAAUGGCCAAAAGACACGGCAGAGUUUAUUUAGGAUAUGAAGAAGAAUUUAUAGCCGAAAAAAAUCAAACCUUAGUCAAUUACAGUGUCAACAAAAUUGGUGGUCAGCCUAAUUGGCCACCGUUGGAAAAUUUUCAAUAUUCUUUUAAAUGUCCGCUUUGUGGACUACAUCGGCUACUGGUUAUACAAUGCUAUGCUCCUUUGGAAAAUUCUGUUUACCACCGAACUUUAUAUGUUUUUGCCUGCAUCAAUCCCAAUUGCUGGAUCCAAUCAGAAAGCUGGUUAUGUUUACGUAUGCAAUAUGAAGAUAAAAAGACUAAAGAGGCAAGUGCAAUAGUUGCAAUACCAAAUCUAGAAACCAACUUAAGUUGGUGUAGUGGUGCAGACGAGUGGGAUGAAAAUGAUAAUGAUGACUCAGCUAACGGAAACCUGAUGAGUGUUGACAAUGACCCUAGCCCCAAUAAUGUUGUGCAAAGAAUUUCUGAUGAAGAUGAAGAGAGCAAUUCCUAUGAACUCGAAACUGUCGAACAAGCCCUUGGGAACCUCCAAAUGUUUGAUGCUCAUAAUGCAAAUAUGUCCCCAGUUCAAGGUGCAGUUGGUGCAAUAUCUGCUCCUAUCGCAGCAGCCGAAUUAGAAGGUGGAGAUGAAUCAGGCUUAGUCACUGUUGAUACACCAACUAUGCCUUCAAGAGAUAUAGAAACUUUAUUGCAUAAGACAGCUGAAUUACCAGGGGACUUGAGAAGCCGUCUUAUGUGCGCCCCAAUGCAAUUUACACCAAAAUAUAUUUAUGUAGAGGAAGAAUGGAAAAUUUCUGGUAACCAAGAUGACAAAGUUAAUGAACUACUUAAUAAAUAUAGCAAAGAAAAUGAGAUAGAGCAUGCAAUUGACAAAGCUGGUGGUGGUGGUGGAGAUGAAGAAACAUAUGAAGAGGCAGCACCCUUACAUGGCGAUAGAUUGUUUCAUGCAUUUAUUUCACGGCUUCGUCAAAAUCCAGGACAAAUCUUAAGGUACUCCCGAGACGAACCGCCCAUACUAGGUGCUUCAAUAUCAAGUUCUGGGACUCCAGAUUGCCCUUCCGUCCCAACUAUCUGUGAUCGAUGCGGUUCCAGAUUAAUUUGCGAAUUGCAACUCGUACCAGAAUUCGCAGAGGCCCUUCGUUUGCCAAACAACACUGCUCUUGAUCAUUUACAUUUCCUUUCUGUCCUUAUAUUUACGUGCUCACUGAGUUGCUGGCAACCCAAUGAUGUCUACAUAAAGGAAACAGUAGUCUUCCAACCGGAAGUGAUGUGAAUAUUAAUGUUGAGCUUUCUUGUGUGCAAUAUCACCAAAUACAAUUGAUAUUAAAUCCAAAACCGGUUUUCAUCUUGCGAUCUAUUUCAUUACUUUCGUCGUUUAUGCGUGUGUUAGUGUUAAAAUAUUAUAUUAUGAAAUUGUUCAAUUGUUCCUUGUAUAACAUUAGGUUAAGUUAAUACGAGAUCCUGCCUACCAUCAAUCUUUUCAGUUCACACACGAUUAUCUUGAUUAACGUAUUUUUCAAAAAAAAACGUGGUUAGCGUCGUCGACUUUCGUUUUUUUUUUUUUACCUAGGCUGAUAGUCUUGAGAGGCUAUACGUAGCGUCAGCGUAACCCAUCCAUUUUUGUGUGAUUCAGAAACAAACAAACACUUUCAAAAUGUAAUUAUUUGUUGCGUAAGGAUGAUCCAUGAUUAUUUCAUCUUUUUUUUUCAUGGUCUCUACCUAUCUAUUCGCUGGUAGCCUAAGAGGCUAUUCCAGCUACGCCUGAAUUGGUAGGUGAG